AUGGCUGGAAGCGCGACGUCGCCGGCGGUGGCGGCCGCGCCGACGGAGGAGGAGGUCGCCAGCAUGCACCACUUCAUCGAGAACGCGCUGGACCUGCUGAUCAAGAACGCUCACCGCCUUGCCUACCGCUACUUCCUACUCCAGGGCAAUGCCAAGAGCUACCAGUACCUCAUCACGCAGCUGACGCUGGUGCCGCCGCCCGUGGCCAUGCGCCGCAAGAUCUUCCGCGCGCUGCCUCGCUGCAUCUCCACCAUGGCGCGCGAGCCGCGCACGUACCGCGCGCUGCUGGACGUGCUGUUCAAGUUCAACCUGCUGUCCAGCGGCGACCCGCUUGAGGUGGAGGACUACACGAGCUUCAUCGUGCACCUGGUGUCCUCCAACACCGUCUACGUGGUGCCGUCGCUGCACAUGCUGGUGCGUAACAUGCGCCGCCCGGAGACCAAGGAGCUGCCGCCCGACCUUCGAGCGCUCCAGGAGGCGGAGAAGCCCAAGGCGCCCGCCACCUCGGGAGGAGGAAUCAUUAUCGGAGGGUCGUUCGGAGCGACCGUUGCGGCGCCAGCGCCUGUGGCGGAGGUCGUUCAGGAGCAACCCAAGGGUCCGAGUCUGGAAGAGCGCAUCCAGGCCCGGUUCGAAGCGGCUCACCAGACGCUGGAGCGCGUGCUGGCGCUCGUGCCGACCGCGGCGAACGUUUUGUUCCCGAUCUUGUGUGAGCACUUUCCUCACAAGCGGAUGGACGCGCCGACGCAGGUGGCUUACCUGCGCAAUGUGCUGCGCGUGACUGGGUAUGUGAGCGGGCUACGAGAGCGCGUUCUGGGGCUCAUCAUCGACCAGUUGGUGGCGAUUGACGUGGAAAUUAAGCUGGAUGAGAGCGAAGAGGAUGUCUUUACGAUGGAUGAUUUCUUGGACGACGACAUGUUGCCGCCUGAUGACUCCUCGCGUCAGGUGGACGAGAUGGCGGACAAGCUCGACCAGAUGAUGCUCGUCAUGUUUGAGCACAUUGAACAGUGCACUGCCGCUCCUGAUGCGGCGACGGAUGCUAGCAAUGAAGAAACGGACGUCCGUCAGGCGGCGUUGAUCUUCAAGUAUUUGCUCAAGGUAUUCGAGCAUUCCAUCUUGAACACGCACCGAUCCAAGUACCCGCAGUUCCUGCUCUUCUAUGUGUGCCGCAUGGACCCGCAGUUCCAAGACAUAUUCAUCUCGCAGCUGCUGACUACGUCGCUGGACCCUCAUACACCGCCAACCACGCGUCAAAGCUGUGGUGCCUACUUGGCCAGCUUCCUCGCCCGAGCCAAGUACAUUUCCGUGGCCUAUCUCCAGAAAGCUCUGUAUCAACUGUUGAAGUGGCUGCAUGACCAAAUGGAUAUCUACGAUGCAGCACACGAGGAAUUGGACCAAGAUGAAACGAGGGAGGGUGAAAGCGCCGCCGAAAAGGAGGAACGCCUACUGGAGAGGCGUGAGAGGGGGGAAGCUCCCCCCGCAGCGUUCCAGGAGAGCAUCUAUAUUUCGUCGCUACAGAUUGUGUGCUAUAUGAUGUGCUUCCGCGGGUUAGAGAUCGCUACCAUGGACGAUGGCGCUGGCUACGAAUCCUUGCGGAGUCUUGGAUGGGAGAGGCUACUCGUGACAAGUGCCGGGUACUGCCCCUUAGCAUAUUGCCAGCAGACAGUGGCCACCGAAUUUCUCAACUUGGUGGAGGCGUUCGACUUGGUUUCCGAGGAGUGCUUGGAGCGUGUGGACCAGGCAAUUGGCACAGUCUCGACGCUGAGCAAGUCCACGAAGUCUAUGGAGCGCUCGAAGAAGCCUACAGCAGGCUCGGCUCCUGCGUCGACGUUGCUGGGUCAACGCCAGCCUCUUGAGACGUUCUUCCCGUUCGACCCAUAUCUUCUGCGCCGCUCGUUCCGCUACAUCGGCCCAUCGUAUCUGUACUGGAAGCAUGCAGACCCGACAUCGAGUGAGAACUGCGACAAACUGGAGUCUGUCAAGGCAACCAUCCGCCAGAUGCUCGAGGAUGCUGAAGAAGAGGACGAUGACAGUGAAGAGGAAGAGGACCUGAACGACGAAGAUGUGAGCAUGGCUGGAAGUGCGCCCAAUCCGAUGAGCUUGGGGGGCGCUUCCUACCGUUCUGACAGCUAUAUGGGCAGUCUUAGUCGGUCUUACAACAUGUCGGUCACCUCUUCCUACGACGACGAAGGCUUUGCCGACGAAGAUCGUGCUCCUGUUAAGCGCCCUCUGCCCUCACGCACAAUGUUCGACCCGUCUCCUGCUCUUUCAGCCAGCUCGCCCCCAUCCAGACUCCCACCGCUCGGCUCUGCUGAUGCUUUCACACUUGGUGGAUUUGACGAUGAUGACGACGAGGGAUUUUAG